GGAAGGACACUUCUGGCCGUCCCUUUUUGUGGUUCCCAACUCCCAAGCAGAAGGGGACAGGGUUCAUGAGUUCCGCCAAAUCAGUCGGUCGAAAACCGUUCCGAACGGUUUCACGGUGCAUGGGGACGGGGAGAAGGCCCUGCUACUGCUAGGGUGGGAAAACAGGGGGCCGCUUCACGGUUUACUCUUCAUGGCGUUGGUGGUGUAGAAGGAGUGGACUGCGAAGAGCGAAGCUGCCACCUCCGGCCAAUCUGUCCAGCACACCAGCACUUUCUUCAGCUUCUGGGAACAUAGUGGCGUCGGACCCGCUGCCGUCGCUUUUCGGUUCCAGUGGAAAAGGCAAUUGUUCCUGCUUUCGUCGCCCGUCUCCCGGUGACAAAGGGGCUUUUUGUUGCUGCGCAGAGUUUUCAUCAAAGGCGUGCAAGAAAUCUUCAGGUUAAGCAGACACUUGUGCUUACAUUUGUCUGCUGGCGUCAUGAUUCAUCUGUAAAGUUUGGUUCAAUGUGUUGACUGGCAUCCGUUCUUGCAUAACAUGGACCGGUCACUGCAUUUUUUAUGACAUUGAGAGGAGCUGCUAUACUAACCAAGACACUGUAGUUUUCAAGUUCUUUUGCUUAAAUGCAAGGAAAGGAGUAAACUGGUCGUAGUUGUAAAGGGAUUUGCAUUUCAAGCAUGGCACUUGGUUCUCUUUAUGCAUGUGCACUGCAAAAUGGCGUGCUUCUCCCAAAAUGUUCGAAAACUUAUGCCAUCAAUUGUCAUUGGGAAUCUCAUCAAAAACUUGUAGGUCCUCAUUCAAGGGUUAUAUCUAGGAACCCGACGUCAAGUACCUCAACUUUUCUAAGUUUAUCACAAUGUUCACUAUUUUCUGCUGCUGAUUGUUGUCAGAAAACAGAAUGGGUAUCAUGUAGGAAGGGCAAAACAUCAGAUUUUGUUGAUAUUCAAAAACCAAAUUCAUUUUUAGAGGGUGAGAAAUUCCAGCUUAAUCAUGUAAUAGAAGCACAGCAAUUUGAUCGUGAAAUUCUUAGUGCUAUCUUUGAGGUAGCUCGUGAAAUGGAAAAGAUUGAGAAAACCUCACUUGGUGCAAGUCUUUUGAAGGGCUAUUUGAUGGCCACAUUAUUUUAUGAGCCUUCAACUAGAACUAGGCUUUCAUUUGAGUCUGCCAUGAAACGUUUGGGUGGAGAAGUUUUGACAACAGAAAAUGCAAGAGAAUUUUCUUCCGCAUCUAAAGGAGAAACAUUAGAAGAUACAAUAAGAACCGUUGAAGGUUAUUCUGAUAUUAUUGUCAUGAGACAUUUUGAGCGUGGAGCAGCGAUAAGAGCUGCCUCAACUGCAACUAUUCCUGUCAUUAAUGCAGGAGAUGGCCCAGGAGAGCAUCCAACUCAGGCUCUGUUGGAUGUGUAUACAAUAGAAAGAGAGAUAGGUAGGUUAGAUGGCAUUAAAGUUGGGCUUGUUGGGGACCUUGCUAAUGGCAGGACAGUCCGUUCACUUGCAUACCUCUUGGCAAAAUACCAGGAUGUGAAAAUUUAUUUUGUUGCACCAGAUGUUGUUAAGAUGAAGGAUGAUAUAAAGAACUAUCUUACUUCUAAAGGGGUUGAAUGGGAAGAAAGUGCAGAUCUUAUGGAAGUGGCAUCGAAGUGUGAUGUUGUGUAUCAAACACGCAUUCAACGUGAACGAUUUGGUGAUAGACUUGACUUAUAUGACAAGGCUCGAGGAAAGUACACUGUAGACAAGAAAGUCAUGGGUGUACUGCAGAAGCAUUCUGUCAUUAUGCAUCCACUACCAAGGCUUGAUGAGAUAACAGUGGAUGUGGAUGAUGAUCCUCGAGCUGCAUAUUUCAGACAAGCAAAGAAUGGUCUGUUUAUUCGUAUGGCAUUGUUGAAGCUCCUACUUCUUGGCUGGUGAAUGAUGUGGUUCUCACAUGCACACAUCAAAAUACAUCUUCGUUGGGAUGUUAGGACAAAGAUUUUUCUCGAGGCAUGAUAUGUAGUUAUGCUAUGAGCACGUGGUUGUCUUGGAACCUCGAGAGGAUGCUGAAUGAUCAUGGACUGCCUUUGCUUUUCAUGAGUAAAUAAAACACAUAAUCCUAAUGGUUUGUCCAUGUAGUCUCAUGCUUAUGGGUAGGGAUAUCUCUCAUUUUGAUCCGCAGAUGGGUGCCUCCGCUAGGAGGCUGCUCAACAGAGUUUUACCACACUAAUGUGGCUGCUGUAUGAACAUCAUGCAAAGAAAAGAGAAACCAAGUCAUUUCUCCUGGUUGUAGUCUGAUCCAGUAGUGAAUAAAGGAAAAAGAUUGACCUUGUUGGACACUUGUUGGAUGGAGUCUUGAAAAAUGAGUAUCCUUUUUGGAGGCUUUCCACAAGAAACUUUUGUUAUGGCCAUGUAAUAGCACUUGGCCUGAAGUAACCAUGUGGAUUUUUCAUUGCAUUAGCACCUUUUGUGCCCACUGGCUUAGUAUGUAUCAGUAAACUACAAAAAUGACAAAGUAUGUUUCUCAUCUUUUGAAUUGAUGUACACCAGUAUUUGUUUCUUAUCUUUUGAAUGGAUAUACCUUUUAUAUUUGAUA